AGCAGCAUUUCUACCUCUUGUGGAAGCUUCGCAGGCUGCGCGUCCGUCGCCGCGCCGUUUGCUCGUCUUUUCCGUCAGUGUGCCGUCCGCCGUCGGUCGAGGAUCUCGUGUUGUUGUGAGCUACGUUUCUCUCUCGUUUUCUGUCCCAUCUAAGUAUUUUCUUUCGAAAAUAUAGUGUAAAUAGUCUUUUCUCGACAACGUCAAAGAAUAAAUGGAAAAGAAAAAAAAUUGAUUGAAAUCGGUGCCUCGUUCGACAUCUUCUCGUAUAACUCGUAUCGAUCGAUCCUUCGCGACUUCGCACGUGUGCCGCAUCAGAUACGAAUUUUGGUUUUCUUUUUUCUUUUGGUUUUUAAAUAAUUAGAAAGAAUAAAGAGACAACGAAGAAAGAACGGUGGUAACGGAAAAUAGAAAAAUGUUGAUUUAUCUCCUGGAUUUGGAUUUUAUGGAUGAUCUUAAGAAAGGAAAACGAUCGGGCUGAAAUGUACGAAUAUCGAGACUUUAGAAUGGAUUAUUGGUAUUUGGAUUAGCAGAGCGGCUUGUCGAAGCUUGUCGAAGCUCAAUUCUUCCGGAGGUGGUAAUAUAAAAAGAAGGAAAAGAGUAGGAGGAAAACGAUCGAUGAGGACACAUCCAUACUUGCGUCCCUCAUAGGUUCUACUCUUUCUUUGGACACCAAAGGAGCCUCGAAUUUCGCGGCUAUCACGCGCGAGUGUUGUUCACGAGGGUCUUCAACCCCUUCCUUGAGUCCCUCGUGCGUUCACCAGCACCCUAGACACUCUCUGACCUACCAUUUGCUUCGAGUGGGCCGUCCAUGAACCUAAAAUAGUCACCGAAGACCUUUUCCCGUCCCUACGACCCUUCUUCUAUCUCUGUGUGCCGUGUUCGUGGAUGUAUCAACGUUGUCGUGUGUGCCGUCGUUGUCGCUUUGCUGCUCGUCUCUUUUUCCCUGUCUCUCUCUCUCUCUCUCUCUCUCUCUCUCUCUCUCUUUCUUUCUCUCUCUCGUACUCGAGCACUUUUAUUCGGGACAACGAUAAGCUCUGUGCAUCGGCUGGGAUGACCCGAAUCGAUGAAGAUAUUUUAUAUCGUCGCAUUCUGUACUCCUCAGGGUGUCGGACCUAAAGGCGAAGAUCGUAUCGACCGGUCACUCUCUUUCUCUCUCUCUCUCUCUCUUUUUCUCUACCUCUUCUUCUUCGUCUUAUUGCUUCAUCUACAUAUAUGUGUACGCUACCAGAUAUUAAUAUCACUUUGGUAAAAUUUGUUACAAGUAGCGAGAGAAAUCGCAUUAGAGAAAUCCACAUAGACGCAACAAUUCGUCUAAAACUUUCGUCGAACCAAGAUCCAUCGAAUAAUAUACGAUAGCUGCUAUCGAAGAUACGUGAAAAUUUCAUGGAUGACGCUUCGAUUGCAAUAUUUAAAAUAUAUCACGUUGAUUUGUCUAAAUUGCGUAAUCGUAUUGUUAAAGAGAGAGAUGCUUUGAGAUCGCACUAAUCAUCAAUCACGAUCAAGGUAUUAAAGAAAUUAUCUGCUCGGUAAAGAAGAGAUCACAAAAGCAGAUAAGAAGCAAGCAAAAGAAAAAAAAAGAAGAAAGGAGGGAAGCUAAGAGACGAGAAAGAAUGACGCUCUAGAUCGCUUGGAAACUGGAUAAAACGUGGUGAAGGAGAGACGGAGAGAGAAGACGUGCGCGAGCGCUCUCGUAUGCUUAAGGUCAAGAGUGUGGGAGCUUUAAUUAAUAUUUAAUUAAAGGCAAAAAACAUAUGUACGAGCGAAUGGAUAUAGAAAGAACGGAAGGAUCAUCAACGACAGCCACAGCUGUCGCAUGGUGCCCGUUAAUACGUUGAUAAAUUAAUCGGACAAACAGGACGGAAUCGACGAUAUACUUCCGAUAGAAAAAGUUUUUGACAUAAACGCAUCACCGCUUGGUGAUCCAGAAAACUUGACAGUUUCGAUUUGUUUGAAUUCACUUCGAAUUCGUUGCAAAUUCUAUCGGAAAAGUACGGAAGAUGUUCCCGAUACGCAAACGAAGACGGUGACGUCAUUCAAAACUCUUCAUUCUCUUUUCUCUUUCACGAAGUAAUGAUCUUAGAGAGAUCGGUUGAUCUUUGCGCGAGCAAAGGAAGAUCGGGAGGAACUGUUUGUCUUCUCUACGUGGUGCGUCAUGCCGUUGCCGUUAUCCGGGAAAGCGAGGAAUCGAGACGACGAAAGCUGACAUUUAAGUCGUUUAAGUGGAUGUCUCUUUAGUUGGAUUUACGACGUCCCCUUGUGCUUUUUCUAUCCGGGAAAGCUUAACCGCGUCUAGUUUUCGCGACGAGGAUUACGAGGAAUACAGAGAGAACAUGUGGAGUAUAGUGCUAUUCCUUGGACUAACCGAAGCUCUUUUCUACGUCGCCGGGAUCUCCUUCAGCUCGGAUGAAAAAUUAGUUCCAUUGGUCAACAUCAGUGUCGUGGAAGGAAAACCAGCGGAAUUACCAUGCGAUAUUACUCCUCCGGGAGAGGACACCUUACACAUGGUUUUCUGGUUUAAAGACGAAGCUGGAGUGCCACUCUAUACAAUCGACGCCCGAGAAAAGCCAGUGACCAAAGCGCAACAUUCCUCGGAUUCGGGAGUAUUUGGUCCACGAGCUUACUUUCGAACUGCCUUUCCCAGCCCCGCAGUUCUCGUGAUCGAUGAUAUAAAGAGGCACGAUGCUGCAACAUAUAGAUGUAGAGUCGAUUUUCGAAAAGGCCAGACGCGAAGUUUCCGUUACAACCUCACCGUCAUCGUUCCACCAGAACAACCGACCAUUUUGGAUCGUUGGGGUCGUAUUUUGAACGGGACGGCGGGACCAUACGAAGAGGGUGACACUCCCUAUCUCACCUGCCGUGUAACAGGCGGUAAACCCGAGCCUAUGGUUAGAUGGCUUAUUAAUGGACACAUCAAAGAUGAGGAGUACGAGAAUAAUGCUGGAGACGUCAUCGAGAAUAAGCUAACGUUGCAACCUAUUACACGAUCGGAACUUGGCGCUAACUUUACUUGUGAAGCACACAAUACGGAUCUAGUAGAACCUAAGUUAACUUCUAUCACGUUGGACCUCAAUCUGAAACCUUUAACUGUGGCCAUACGAAGACCCGGAAAAAAAGAAAUCGGUAACGAGUCUUUACUAGCAGGAAGGCACUAUGGGGUGGAAUGCGAGACCACCGGUUCAAGACCACCGGCAGUAAUUACAUGGUACAAAGGACGGAGAAGACAGUUGAAGCACACGACGGAAGAGAGAUCCGAAAAUCGUACGGUUAGCCUAGUGGAAUUCGAACCAGGUGUCGAAGAUCAUGGGAAAUCAAUAACCUGCAGGGCAGAAAAUCCAAAUGUGACGGGACUCUUUCUUGAAAAGUCAUGGAAGAUCGACGUUGUGUAUCCUCCGAUCGUGUCAUUAAAUCUCGGAUCAACCCUUAGUCCGGAGGAUAUCAAGGAAGGCGACGACGUUUACUUCGAGUGUCACAUUAGAGCCAAUCCACCCUGGUCAAAGUUAACAUGGAUACACGACAACCAGAUCCUGGCGCACAAUACAUCGGCAAGAAUCAUCUGGUCGAAUCAAAGCCUCGUCCUGCAGAGCGUUACAAGGAGCAGCGCUGGUCGUUACGUAUGCGCAGCGACAAAUGCCCUCAACGAAACGAGAAGCGAGCCUCUACAUUUUCGCGUUAAGUUCGCACCGGUGUGUAAGGACGACAGGAUCAUAGUGGUAGGCGCAUCGAGAGGCGAAUCGCUGGACAUUGCUUGCAGGGUCGAAGCCGAUCCACCAGCUCAUAAUUUCCGCUGGAAGUUCAACAAUAGCGGCGAGACCCUGGAGGUCGCACCUGGAAGGUUUUCGAUGGAGAAGUCGAGUGGCGUUAGCGUGUUGAAGUACACACCGACUACCGAACUGGAUUACGGAACACUCUCCUGCUGGGCGGACAAUCUCGUCGGUACCCAGGCGAGGCCCUGUCUCUUCCAGUUGGUAGCUGCUGGAAAACCAUUUCCCGUUCGAAAUUGCACAUUGGCCAAUCAGACGUAUACAAGCGUGGAAGUGAAAUGCGUGCCCGGAUACGAUGGUGGUCUGACGCAGAAAUUUGUGUUGGAGGUCUAUCAUGGCGAUAUUGACUUCCUGUCGAGCAUCCAGCCUCUCUAUAACGUUUCCAACAUCGAGGAGCCAUCCUUCGCGCUUUCGGGUCUGGAAGCAUCGGUCGAGGCUGGCGUUCACGUUGCAGUUUAUGCCGUAAAUGCCAAAGGUCGAAGUCCGCCUGUUAUUCUCAGUGAAGUUACGUAUCGAGAUGCCGAGAAACGGACUGGACAAGACGCGGGAAUCGUUCUGUCGCCGCUAAUUGGCAUGGUUGUCGGCGCUUUGGUAACCCUCGUUCUGAUCAUUCUUGCGGUGGUCGUACGGGUGCGAAGGGAACGCAUCUCAAAACCGCGACACGAGAAGCCGGCUGAACUUAGCGAACUACCAACACAACAAUAUCCCAUGCAGAAUCUCCAACAGACCGUAGAGACCGACCCUGACGUUAUACCGAAUAAGUUUGGUAAUCUCGUCGAAGUCAGUCCACCAAGUUAUCCAGCUGGGUAUCCCCCGGGACAUUGGGUCACGCCCGGACCUACGCCAAGUAUAGACGAGCUUUGCCACAAGUUUAGCGGUAGACCAACGGAGCUGAGGUUACCGUCGAGAAGUACGAUACCCGCGCUCCCAAAUAUGCCGAUGACGGGUGUUGGAAUGAUGGUUGGUACCGGGCAAGGCAUCGUCGUUGGUGGUGGCAUCACCGGCAUCAACACGCAAGGUGUGGUAGUAGGUGGAGGUCAAGGAGUCGUUGUGGCAGGCGAAUGUCUCGAUGGCGAGGCUAUCAAACGUCGACUCAUGGCCAACAGGCUUCCCGAGAGCUGCGUCUAGACCGAACACGGAAAAGGUCGCGAAAAGAUCCAAGGAAACUGGAGAGAGAAAGAGAAAGAUAGAGAGAAAAAGAAUAGAAAGAAAAGAUAUUAUUUGUCCGUGUAUCGCUAAGACAACCGCGAUGGAAAAGAAAAGACUCGAUCCGCCCCAAUUGUUUUCAAAAUACCUUCUCUCUAUAGCCAAAGAAAUCUCUUACGAAGGGAAAAGAAGAAAGACAUUGAAUGGAAAGAGAGUCGCAAGCUUGCUGAAACUUUCUUCAAGAGUUUCUGCGAACGUCCUCCUCCUAUCUUCGAAAGACGCCGGGAAGUUCCUUCCUUCUGUUUUCCCUCCUCGAUGUAACUUUCCUACGUUUCUCUCUGCUUCUCUUUAUCUUCUACCUCUUCUCUUUGUCUAUUUCUCAUUCUCUUCCUUUCGCUCGAGCAACUUUGUGAACCGAUGAUCUUCGAUAGCGACAUUUUUAAUAUCUACCUUCGGUACUUCUAUGAUUUAUCCAUAGUAAUUAAAUUUUCCUAAAUGUCCUUAAUAACUGAAAUAAACUUCGACUCCCGUCGAAGAAUACUUUGGCUUCACGAAGAGGAAGGAUAGAUUAUAGAAAAUAUUUCCCCGUAUUAUCUUUCCCAUCGCUGAAACAACGGCCACGCUUUCUUUUUCCUUUUUUCUUUCUUUUUUUUUUAUAUCGAUCCACCUAUCUUGGAAGGCGAGAGACGUAAAUGUAGCUACGUGUAAGCCUACCAAUCACGUCGUCGAGGCCUGGAAGCAUCAGACCACGAAAUGCGAGAAAAGAUAAAAGGCUCUCGAACGACCCCCUUUCUGGUGGCUCGAAUGAAGAUGGAUGAAGGAAGCGCGUAAAGAUAUACGUUGGAAAGGAGAAUGAGAGAACGAGUAAAGGAAAGAAAACGAAAUGAAUCGGGAGAUAGGGUGAAAAAGAAGGAAAGAGCUAAAAGGUAGAGGGGACGCCGAACAGAAACGAAGAAUAUCCCGAUGUUACUCCGACGCGCGCUUUUAAGAGCAUGGAACACAAUUUUAAGGUCAAGCGAUCAAUUUCGAUAUAGAAGAAAUCUACUUUAUAGAGUUUCCAUUUAUAAACCUCAAUUCUUAUGAGCCUCCCUCGAAUAUGUCAGGGAUUUUUUUUUUUUUUUUUAUUCUGAAUUAACAUUCCUGAACAAUUAUUUGCACUUUAUUUUUUAUCGUCGCUGUAUCUCUCUCUGGUUUUCGAUUGAUGAACUCCCGUUGGUAUUUGAACAAAAAAAAAAAAAUCGUUCGAUCGAGUCUCCGCAUCUUUUUGAUAAUAAAUUGAAGUGCUUCUCUCUGCUGGUUCAAACGAUUGUUUUGAUUAAAGAAGAAAGGGAAUUAUAUUUAAAGCAUAUCACCGUACGAUCAAAGAAAUUAGCAAAGAUUGCGUUCGAUAAGAGAAAAAGAAAAAGCCGCGAUAACGAUAAAUCAUACGGGGCAAUGCAUCGUUAGAAAUUUUUUUGGAAAAUUAGAUCUCUCAUAUUCCCACAAAAGCAGUGAAACAAAUGGUGUUAGAACGCUCUAUCCGACAAUAAAGUAUGUACCCGAGGGAGAUAGAAAGUUUACGAAUAAGAUUGGUGUAACGUGCUCUUCCCAAAGCAUCGAAAAUUAUUUCCAGUGCGCUUGACGGGUUAGACACGGAGAGGUCUUCGUAUUUUUAUCAAUGUAAAAAGUAAAUGUUUCUAAGUGUGAAAAUACCAUCGACUUAAAAAAGUGAAUAAUUCGAUAGCCAAAAGACAGAAGAUAACUUAUAUAUCAUACUAUACCAUAGAUCAAUAAUAAUUUAAAAAAAAAAGAAAAAAAAGGAAUAUACUGGAGCGUGAGUACAUGCCAACAGAUAAAAGAAUGUUACUUACUAAAAAAUUUCGUUACUAUCGUCGAGUGACCUUUACGCGUAAAGCGCAGGGUAUGUACACGCACUUUGAUCACAUCCUAGCUGUGACAUAUACCUAAACUACAUGCGCGUGCGUUUUUUCUACUAUUAUCAUAUUUUGUAUCGCGAUCGAUGAUCUUUUCAUCCAAAAAAUACACAUAACAUGCAUACAUACAAAUAUACAUGCGUCUCCUACCUCAUCGGACAAACCGCAUAUAUUGAUUUUUAUUUUAAAAAGCUCUUACGCACGAUGAUUGGACGAAAUUUAAUAGUCUGAUUAUUCCUCGUGUACAUAUAAUAACAUAUACAUAGGUAGGGCGAUCAUUUUAGCCAAUCAAUAAUCGUCGUCUGAUUUGUGCAUUUUGUAUCCCAUAUCUAAUUGCCUCAAUGAAUUUACUUAAUUUUCCUAGAAAGCAACAUGAAAGAAAUAUACAUUUAAGAUGCAUAUAUCUGCAUAAACAAAGAGCAGAAAAAAGAUUUAAGGAAUAUAAGAAGAAGGCUCGGAAGAGCAUUUAUCCUCAAGUGAAAAAUUCAAUUUAUAAGGUCACAAAUAUCGGGCUUCCACGUGAUAUUUUGCGACGGAACCAUGAAAGGUGCUUGGCAGCAGUAAGCGAAUGAAAAUAUGACGAAAUAUAAUCGUAGGCGAACGAAGUGACAUGAAUUUAAUCUGUCUAAGACUCUCGCUCAAAGUGAUUAUAAAUCUUAAUGUGUAAAAAUAAUUUAUCAGAAGAUUGAGAGAGAGAGAGAAAGAGAAAGAGAGAGAGAGAGAGAGAGAGAGAGAGAUAGAAAGAAAGAAAGAGAUAUAGAAAGAAUAGAAAAAUAGGAGACGUUAAUUUCUCGUGAGAACGAUAACAACGAGAAGAAAUUAUAAGUGCGUUGGGCGGAAUUUCGAGUGUCUGUUUCUAUGUAUAAAACAAAAGUAAAAAUCGUAUGAUCGUUACUCGUUAGCUGAUGUUGUGUCGCUGUAUAUAUUACCGUUAAAUCGAUUUACGUACUGUAAAUUUAAGUUCGAAAGUGAUCGUGUCGAACAUCGUUGUACCUCCAUAAACAUCGGCUAUAAUUUAAGCAAGUUCUUAUCAAAUAAGUAGUUGGCCAACAAUUUCAUAGACAGAGAGAAUUACACGUAUAUAUUUACUAUACGUACAACUAUCCAUCUUGCGUCUGUAAACUUUGGCGAUACCGAAACUACGAAUCACUUUCCCAGCAUUAGAUAAAUUUUGGCCUCGUUUUAGCAUACUCUACGGUCACAAAUUUCCUUUCAAAGUGGACAAUAAAACUCGGGUGGUAUUAGUCGAAAACAAUGUCAACAUCUUGUAAACGAUUAUCGAUUCAUAUCAUUAUGAACAUUUGACUAUACAUAUCUGAUUCUCGUCGAUCGUCGUCCAUAAAAAUUCAUUCUGUAAAAAUCGACGCGAAGAUUUAUAAUUAAGAUAUCCUUUACUACACAACGCGACCGAAAUUUCGUAAACUGAUACCGAUUGGAUAUAAUAUUCCUACAAUUUUCACUGUAAAAUCAAGUUAUAAAGGUCCUAAAAUAUUCACAAUUUUAAGGCUAUAACUCUCUUCCACCGGGACAACCUUCUCUUGAUCGGCAAAUUCUUUUCAACCGAUCAUGACAUCAGAUCAAAUUAAAAAAUGAAAAUAUAAUUGAAUGAUUGAAGAUAGUAGAGAAUAAUAAUUGUACAUAAUUCAAUAUUCUUGUGAGGAAAAAAGUCCAUGUAAAUCGACGAACAACCACGUUUUAAGUUCACUGUAUAGGUGAUUUCAUAUCAAAACUCCAUCAUAUCGUCAACUAACUCGUAUGUAUAUAUAUUACAUAAAAUUUCGAUCUGAAUAAACUGUUUAACUGUCCAAACUGCCUAAAA